AUUUUUGUGUGUGUCUGUGUAUUUUUAAUGAUUGAAUUUUCCUAAACAACCAAAAACUAUAAAUGAAAAAACAAAGUGUUGAUGUUUGAAAGUUACAUUAAAUUAAACAAAAAAAAAACUAUUCAAAACUAGGAAAUGGAAAAUAGUCAGAUGGAUGCCAAAACACCUAUGCUACGUAGUAAUCAAACAACAGCGUCAAUAAAACCUCAUCAUCACCAACAACAACAACAACAAAUAAAUCCAACAAUGCCAACUACCGUACGAAUGACACAUCCGGAAAGGACUUGGUUCGAAACAUUAUGGGGAUGGUUUGCGGAAAAUCUAUUACUUGUAUUGACAAUAUUAUCAGUGAUAUGUGGUAUUAUGUUAGGUUGUUUUAUGCGUUAUGCAACAUAUGAUGAUGAUUUUGUUAUGUUAAUCGGUUUUCCUGGUGAAUUAUUAAUGCGUAUGCUCAAAAUGUUAAUUUUACCAUUGAUAACAUCAUCAAUGAUAUCUGGUUUAGCUCAAUUGGAUGCCAAAUCAAGUGGUCGUAUGGGUUCAAGAGCAAUUGCAUAUUAUUUUGGUACAACAUUAUUAGCUGCCAUAUUAGGUAUUGUAUUGGUAUUGUUAAUACAUCCAGGUAAUCCACGUAUCAAACAAGAAGCAAUGAAAGCAGUUAAAGAUGCCGAUACAAAAGUAUCAACAUUGGAUGCAAUGUUAGAUUUAGUACGGAAUAUGUUUCCGGAAAAUUUAUUACAAGCUGCAUUUGCAAAUGUAAAAACAGAAUUUAUACCUGGUGAUCGUAUUGAUAUCAAACGUAUACAACGAAAUGAUCAACAAUUAAAUUGGGAUCGUAUAUUGAAUAAAACUGAUCCAACAACAAAUAUAACUGAAUAUUAUAAAUUAGUUCGUUCAUACCCUUAUAAGGAUGGUUCAAAUAUACUUGGUCUUAUUGUUUUCUGUACAGCAUUUGGUAUUAUUUGUGGACAAUUAGGAUCCGAAGCAGAAACAAUGAUUAGAUUUUUUGUUAUUUUAAAUGAAAUUGUAAUGCGUUUAGUUGUUAUUUGUAUGUGGUAUUCACCAAUCGGUAUUGCAUCAUUAAUUAUAGCAAAAAUAUUAGCCAUACAAGAUAUGUAUACAAUGGCACAACAACUAGGCCUAUAUAUGUUAACAGUCAUUACUGGUUUAUUAAUACAUGCCAUUAUUACAUUACCCGGAAUUUAUUUUAUUGUUACAAGAAAAAAUCCAUUUACAUUUUUUAAAGGUAUGUUACAAGCAUGGGUUACAGCCUUAGGUACAGCAUCAUCUGCUGCAACACUUCCAAUUACAUUUCGUUGUCUUGAAGAAAAUAAUCAUAUCGAUAAACGAGUAACAAGAUUUGUACUGCCCGUUGGUGCCACCGUCAAUAUGGACGGGACGGCUCUUUACGAGGCGGUUGCUGCAAUAUUUAUCGCACAAAUGAAUGCUGUUGAAUUUAAUCUUGGCCAGAUAAUUAUUGUAUCGCUAACCUCGACAGCAGCAUCAAUUGGUGCUGCGUCGGUGCCGUCAGCCGGUCUGGUUACAAUGUUAUUGGUAUUAACAGCAUUAGGUUUACCAACUAAAGAUAUUUCAAUGAUUAUUGCUGUCGAUUGGUUUCUAGACCGAAUACGAACAUCGAUCAAUGUGCUUGGCGACGCAUAUGGUGCAGGUGUUGUAUAUCAUCUAAGUCGUGAAGAAUUAGAAAAAUGGGAUAAUGAACAUGCAAUAGAAUUAUCUGAAUCAUCACAUACAUUAUCCGGUCGGAAAUUAUCAAUAAUGACACCAUCAAGAAAUCCAAAUGCAUUAUCGGCAAAAAAUUCAACAACAAAUCCUGAAACAGAAAUUUAAAACUUCGAUUUCUUUCAAUUUUUUUAUUAAUUAGUUUUUUUGUUUUGUUUUGUGGAGAAGCGAAAAAACUUUCCGGACAACAAUUUUUUGAAAAAAAAGAAUCAAAAUUUCUAAAGAAUUUGACGAAAAGAAUCAACAAAAACGAAGAAGAAGAAGAAUAUUCUAGCUGAUCUGACCUGACCUGAA